CUGCCCAAAUAAUGAAUGUCUCGAUUGCUCGGAUUUAUUCUCCGUCGUACGUCAGUUUUCGACCUCACUGGUAAUUAAAUACUCGAUACAUGUGUGUGAAGUCUGACGAGACGAUAGCCGUGUUGUAUAUGUACAUCCUGCGCCUACCUCUCUUGUAACCACACGUGACCAUGCUAGUGCUUAAUUUAAUAUUUAAUUCACUAUUGACGCUGACCAACCUCCGCUGCUAUUUAUUAUCUACCUUAAACCGACAACCCAAAUCACUGGUCAAGAUCCAGAGCAGUUCUUCCACGCACGACUUACUAAGCGGUCAGUGCGUCAAACUCUGGUGUCACGGGCUUGCAACGACUCGGUACCCCCGAGUAUAUGUACGAGUAUACGUACUAUCACAUCCACGUCCCACAAACAACAACUUCGGAUAAACCUGCCAGUUAUGGACGAGAAAGCGGUCAACCGCUGGGACGACGGAACCGUCUCGAAACUUGGCUCUCCAGAGCAUCCCCUCUUACUUCACACGGCAAUGUUCAAUGUGUGCCAGACACCCAUAACGGUGUCAUGCGGAGGGCCUAUUAAGAUCAAGGACGGGAAGUCGUCGACAAUCCGUUCGGCUUUUCCCGUCACACUGGAAAUUAAAUUUGACGAUACAUUCGAUAUCAUACCGGCUGUUCCAUUGAAUUCUUCCUUCAGGGAAGGAUGGUACAAAUUGCCAGAUGAGAUAAAGUUGAUGAUCCUUUCAUUCGCCGGUGACACAAUCUAUGAAACGGAUGACAAUGAGAUGUGGGACGUGUUCAAGUACUCCGAUGUCAUGGACAUUCCCAAUUCAGUCUUAGCAAAGUUUCUCAGGUGCCGGGGUGAUAUUGCACGCCUUGGCAGAGAAGCCUUCUAUAGGGUUCACACCUUUCAAGUCUGCCUAGAUGAACAUAAGUUCUUCUACCCAAAACAGUCGGUCAAUCAAUUCAUUCGCUACUUGGAGAUCAAAGUCGGGGUAUAUCUAGAAUACGAUCAAUGGAGAAAGUUAAAGGAUCUCGCUGCAGGUAGCUACGGUUUCGGUAAUCUGAAAUACAUCGAACUCAUAGUGGUCUGGGAUUGGGAUAGUAUCGCCAAUGCUUAUGAUGAGUACGAUAUAUUCAAAAACAGUAUGGAUGGAGGGCACCCUCCCAUCUUGCCCCGCGAACCAAUCCAGUUUAAUUCAAGGGGAACCGUAUCAGAUGACUACCAUGACGUAGCCUUUGAUCCCCAGGACGCUGCCAAGUACGAGGUCCCUAUAAGGGUGUACAUGGAGAAACUGCGAAAUUUGGUCCAAUUUCGCCAGGAAUAA